AUGUGUUCUCUUCGCACUCUCUUGGCACUCUUGGUGAUUGUUGGCGUGUGUGCCGCAAUUCCGUACUUUCGGCUGAACAACGACUACGACGAUCCGGUGGAUUUGGAGAACGAUGUAAGUCAAUUCGGAACGGGUUCCCCACUGUGAUCGGAUCGUUUUUCAGGAACAGAACGCCGCUCUUCAAUUCCUUCCCUACAUAAAGCGUAACAUUGCGAUCGGACGCGGAGACGGUAUACGCCCUGGAAAGUGA